UUCCAACCCAUAUUUCACUUGGCACAUCUUGAGUUUGAUUUCUGGCGUGAAUCACAUGAUGAUAGCCAGGGAGGUUGAAAUGCUCUUCUUGGCUAGCAGAAUGAUGAACUGACGUGACGAAAUCACCCGUUGAUUCCUUUUUAAAGAAGAAUAUCACAUGGUUUGAUAACAUUUGUGGGGGCAAGGCAUGGAGUCUUCUAGUUGUUGGGCUUCGGCUCUCCGUAGUUCACGCACCAAAAGAAAAAACCUAGGGUUUUCCUUUGUAUCUCUAUAUAAGACAUCUUAAAGCCAACAAAAUAUAUCUGCUCAAAGAAAACACAACAAAAGAUAAGGCUAGUUGUUUGGAAAAAAAAAAAAAAAAAAAGAACUGCUAUGGAAGUCGGCGCUGACUUUCCACCAGAAAAACGAAAAAAAGUGGAUGAUGACUCCCAAAUGAGCGUGAGAAGAUGGGAAGACCUGCCUACGGACAUAUGGUUCAAGAUUUUUUCCAGCGGCAGCUCCGAAUUAACGAAAGCACUUGUUCGUGUUCGUUGUGCCGCCAUUUCUAAUACGCUGCGUUCGUAUAUAUGCAAUAAUUCUGUGCUUUGGAGUACGCUUGAUUUUUCAGUCAUGGAAAUAGAGCCAGUUUAUGAUUCUCCGUCGGUUCUGAGUGGUGUUUCAAAGGCUUUAUUAAGUCUCGGUCAAGGAAACGUGACGACCUUAGUUUCCAGUCCCUACUUGGGUGACGAUGCCUUCAUCACCUGUGCUGCUAAAAGAUGCCUAAAGUUAAAACGACUGGUUCUUCCAAGUUGCUUCGCAAUAAGCGACACUGGAAUAUACGAGUCCUUUCGCUGCUGGAAAGACCUCGUGUCGCUGACAAUAUCUCCCAAUAAUACAAAUUUCCCGUACCUGUUGGAGCAGAUUUCCAGCAACUGUAAAAACUUCAGUGAACUUAAACUUAUGGGUACUUGUCAUCAUGGCUUUGCUUCAACCCUAGUUGCAUAUCUUCCGAAACUGAAGGUUUUAAGCCUCCGGUGCACAAAGUUCACGAGUAGUGAUUUACACACUGUAUUGGAUGACCUAAAACAGCUACAAGUUCUCAAUAUUUCACAUUGCUUCUGGAUAAAAAUUAAUUGGAUAAUUCUUGACAAGGCUUCUCGGUUGCAGAGUUUUAUAACAUGCAUGCAAUCCGAUCGUUGUAUCGUUUGCCGAGUUUGUUACCAAAGGGACAAGGAGGACAGGUGGCAUGAAGAUGAGGUGGACUCCCUUGCUUUGAAUAGAUGAAUAGUUACUAUGAAACUAAUAAUGUUGAGGUUUCAAUUUAAAUGAGAUGGAUUGUUUCUUUUGAAUAUUAAUUUAUGGAAAAUAAUAGUAUUUUCAGGUUUAUUAAUUAUUUGAGUUUUCUUGUUAGGUUAGGAUUUGAGUCGUAUUUCUUGCUUAUUAGAAAUUAAGAUUAGUCAAAAUGUAAUCCUUAAUUUAUAGUUGUCUUAGCAUUUUCGUUUCUUUAUUUUUUCUUUUAAUAAAAUAGAUUUAAAUUUUUUUUCAUUUGUUCGUUAGAAUACUCUAAUUUUCACUUCCUCAAUUUUUGUUUGAACUCUACAAUCACCAUUUAAGGAUAUAGUCCC